UGGACCUCUCCUCUAAUCUGUAUCACCUUCAUAUAUCAAGUUGAGAUACCGUCAUACGAGGAAUUCAUCUGAUGCUGUGCUCUUGUAUUGUAUGAUCUAUUGUAUGGGUCUUUCAUACGAAUACAAUCUGUUGCUAUUCACUAAGACAUCUCGGGCCGUUUUCACCCAGGUGAUGUUUCCAGCUGUUGCCGUAUACGUCGGGUCUUCCGUCUUUACAUAAUACAUUUUCGCAUCUGUUCGUUUAGUACGCAUUCACUGGAUCUCCCUCAUCUUUAUUACUACAGCACUCACGCAUCAGAUCUCCUUGUUCACUGCUUUAUCACUUUCAAAUGAAUCAAUUACAAUUAUUGCAAGUUAUGUGAUAUUCAUGAACAUAUUCACUUUAUUGACACAUUCGGAAUAAAAUCAAAGCAGUUCGAUCAACAUCACCAGCAACUGAAUGGACUCUUCUUGAACUAAGAAACGUGUUGAGCCAAGAGAGAAGCGUAGUGCAGCGGACGACAGCAGCUGCUGUGGAGUGAGAGUGAGGAAAGUGUGUGUAGUGAAGCAGACUGUACCGGCAGUAGCGAGGGAUCCCCCGAGCCCCACCUUGCACGACGCCUCCACCAGUCAUGCUAGGUGUCGGGGUAUAGUCAGGGUCCAUGCUGGCUGACUGCACACCAACCUUCCGGCCCAGGAGUAUGUCUGGAGAGAGCUACACUCGCUGGCGGUCCAGUGCCAGCGACGACGAGGAUGACGACGCCCUGGAGGAGGGCGAGAGCGGGGCGGGGCGGAGCAGGCCGGGAGCCGUCACCGUCAUCACCGCCAGGACCCGACCCCCAACUGCCCUCUCUCCUGCAGCACAGGCCAGGAUGGUCUGCGUCAUGGUGCUGAUGAUGUUGGUGUGUCUGGUGUGUGUGGGCGUGGGCGUGUGUGUGGGGCUGGCGUGGGGCUAUAGCCAGGGUUCCCGCCACUCCGUGGAGCACGUCAUCCCAGCGCCCGCACCUGACUACCAACACGCCCACCGCGUCCUCAGCUACCUCCAGCCUCACCUUCUCCACGACUACAUGAGGAAGUUGUCGGAGACGCCCAAGCCGCUGCUGGGCACCUUCGUGGAGAGCGUGUGGGAGACGCUGGGCCUCCGCGUCAACACCACCACCUUCCUCGUCCACCUCUCCAGGCCUGACGAGGAGCGUCCAAACACCGUCGAGGUCACCUACGUCGACGGCCACAAGUAUGUCCUCAACCCUCUGCCUCACACUGUCAACUCUCCGCCUUUCAGCGCCUUCAGCCCGGCAGGAGAGGUGACGGGGCCGCUGGUGUAUGGGCACUACGGGCGGCGGGAGGACCUGGCCACUCUCCAGUCUCUCAAGAUCAGUGUCAAGGGCGCCGUCGUCCUCCUGAGGGACGGCAAGAUCCACAACGGCGCCAAGGUACACAACGCAGAGCAGGCGGGUGCUGGGGGUGUGCUGCUCUACCCUGACCCAGCAGACAUGAGGGGACCACGAGGGGGCGGAGCCCCCUAUCCCAAUGGCACAGGACUUCCUGACGACGGAGUAAUCUGGGACACACUCAGUAUCUUCCCUGGGGAUCCUGCCACACCCUUCCUCCCCAGUAUCGACCACAUCUAUAGGAGCGGGCGGUCGUCCCAGCCUAUACCCAAGAUCCCCGUGCAGAGUGUGAGUGCUGAGGUGGCGCAGACCCUGCUGGAGCUGGUGGGCGGCCCGGAGAUGCCCGAGGGGUGGCGGGGCGGCCUGGACACGGUGUACCGCCUGGGGGGCACCUGGCGCCCCGAGGCCAACGUCACUAACCUCACCCUCGCCGUCAACAACGUCAUGCAACAGGAAACAGUUAAGAACAUCCACGCAACACUUCCCGCAGUUGACGAGUCCAAGGUGGUGAUGGUGGGCAGCCACUACGGGUCCCUGUACACCAGCCCUGGGGCGGGCUUGGGGGCGCUCCUGGCCCUCAGCGACGCCUUCGCCAAGAGCUACCUAACGGAUGGGACCCAGCGCCAGGUGGUGUUCUCCGCCUGGGCCGCCAGCGAACACGGCCUAAUCGGCUCCACUGAGUUUACCCAGAAGUACUCGUGGUGGGUGGACACGACCAUGUUGGCCUACCUCAAUAUGGACGAGAUGCUGCGAGGGACAGGCUGCCUGCGGGUGAUGGCUUCCCCAGUACUGCGCCAGGCCAUCAGGGAGGCAGCCACGCAGGUGAUGUGGCCCAUGGGGGAAGCUGUGAAUGUACGCGAUGGAUGGCGGAUGUCAGACCCGCUGCUGAGAACCGAUGUCCACUUCAGUAAUCUUGGCAGCGAGAGCGACUUCGCGAGCUUCACGGCCCAGCGGGGCGUGCCCUCAGCUCACUUUGUGGUCACAGGCGAGCAGUGGGUGAGCAGCAACUCUCUGCGACACUCGCAGUACGACACCUACCAGGCCUACACCAGCCUCCUCGACCCUGACUACUCCUGGACCACCAUGCUGACGAGUUUGGUGGGGGCGGUGACGACGGUGCUGAGUGAGAGUGACCUCCCGCCCCUCCGGAUGAGUGACCUCAGCGGUGACCUCUACAAUGGCUGGCAACACUUCCUUGACCUCCACACCACCGCCCUUACCAACUCCGGCUACAACUUCACCUCUAUCUUAGAUGCCAUCCAGAUGGAGUUAAUUACUCUGGACACUAUGCUGUCCGGUCUGGACAGAUGGUACCAUUCCCGGCCCUAUUAUGUCCAUCCGUACCCGCACCCCUUCCCAGGACCCGCCCACUACAGGCAGGUGGAGCAGCGCCUGCGGUGGCUGGCCAACCUGGAGCGGGGACUGUUGGGGCCUCGCGGCGUGGGACGCGCUUCUACCACUAACCUCAUGAUCGGCCCAGACCCUGAGGACCCGUACCGCGCCAUCCACUAUCCCCACGCCGUCCAGGCCAUCACCCACGCCCUCCUGCAGAAGACUCCCUGGGAGAGCGUGCACCAGGAGCUCUCCUACAUCCUGGCGGCUCUCACCUCCUACAGGCAGCUCUUCCCCAUCACCUUCCCCGACGAGCCUCACAAUACCACUGACGGAGACUUCGCUGAACCUCAGUCAUGAAGCAACACUUAGAGCGUGGGGGGUGGAGGGAGGUUGGCAUCACCUGGUCACGCUCGGGAAAGCGUUACGUUAUUCUCUGGAACUCUAUCUGGAGUUAGUGAAAGUUAUAGAGGUGCUUUGUUAUGGUGUGGCCUUAUGAUUGGCUACGGCAGCGACAUCUGUCGAGGAAACUAGGCAAAGAUUUGCCUCUUUAGUUAAUAACAGCUGACGGAAACUAUUUAAACGAUGACAUAAUAUCGUGUUAUGAGGCUAACGUGUUAGCCUCAUAACACAUAUCGUGUUAUCGUGUUAUUACCUGUAAAAAUAAUUAAUAAAGUCUGGUUCUUCCUCUCUUAUGGGUACGCUCUGCCACUGUACCGGUGACAAACAUGGUGUAGUUUAUCACUAUGUAUUCCUUAGUCAUAACUGGGUUUUUGUGUUUCUGGGCUCUUAAUAAAUGUUUGUGUUGCAGCAUAGAGAGACUGGGAGCAGGUCUGGCGUGGUGCCGACUGUCAUCUGUCUCUCCAUCACUUGUCUCUUAAUAAGUCAACUGUCAUCUUGUGAGCCUCCGGGCUCAAGCCUCGCAUCACUCAGUCAAAAUUUAUGUGGAAAAUUAAUCCAGCGAAAAAUUAACAGCUAAAAACUGACUUAUAUUCAAAAUAUAUACUGAAUCACAUCACUGACCUAUUUAGUAGUGUUAAUUAUUAUAAGAACGCUAUAUUUUUACCUAUAUGAUACACUGGCUGUUUUUUUGUUCGAAGUUGGAGGGCCAGACGCUUGAGGAUAGUUUCGCCCAAUUUUGCAGGGUGAAUGGCCUGAGGAACGGGACGGACAUAGGCUAGUCAGGGUCGGUGCUACUGGCCCAGUUAUGAGGGAGUUUGUCAUAGUAGUCACCCUCCCCCCCUUCCCUUCCACAUAAUCGGUGAAAA